AUGAGCGUUUGCGCAGCCUUUGAUCGUCGCGGAAGAUGCAUUUACGCUGGCAACUCGAAGGGCAAAGUCUUCAUCAUUUGCGCGAAGAAGUACAAGCUGCUCAAAGCGUUCAAAGUCGGCAACACGUCCCAAGGUGUCAAGGACAUCAAAUUCGCGCGGAAAACGCGAAAAGGCGCGCAUUUUCUGGUGAACUCCGUCGAUCGAGUUAUUCGUGUUUAUGACAGCUCGAAAAUAAUUAGCGACUACUCGAUCCCCGAGGGGAAACCACCUUGCGUAUCAACGAUUGAGCCUAUUCAACGGCUACAGGAUCUCGUGAACAGAACGCUGUGGAAGACAUGCGUUUUCUCGGGCGAUGGAAUGUUUGUGUGCGCGGGAAGCGCGAAGCAACACCAGAUUUACAUUUGGGAAAAAGAACGCGAGAUCAAAUCGGGAAACACGAAUUUAGUCAAAAUUCUCGAGGGAACUCGAGGAGAGCAAUUGCUAGAUCUUGUCUGGCAUCCGGUGCGGCCCAUCGUUGUUUCAGUUUCGAAUUGUAUGAUGACCGUGUGGUCGAGAAAUCAAGUCGAAAACUGGUCCGCCUUUGCUCCUGAAUUCACAGAGCUCGAUGAAAACGUCGAAUACGUUGAAAAAGAAUCCGAAUUCGACGAAGAAGACGAGGAUAAAUCUCUUCCUCCAGAUGAAGAUGUGCUUUAUCAAGACAUCGAAAUCGACGUUGAAAAAGUCGAAAAGAUCGAAGCCUUUUUCUCCAGCGACGAAGAAGAUUUCGACGACGGUUGCAUUUAUAUUCCAGUAGCUCCCGACAUAGAAGACCCAGAAGACAAUCCGGCCUUGCCACUACUUGACUUACUGCCAUACAUGUUUAACAUUCGAGGCAACAAAAAGGGGAGUGAUGGAGUUCGCAAGUCAAUACAGAAGCUCCUCGACCCGAAGCGCGAUCCGGACAAGCGCCUUGCAAACCUCCGCCAUAUCAUUGAAAAUGCCACUCAGGUAGCAGACCAUCAGACGAUAUUCUAUCAAUUUGACACGCACUUCUUCUAUGUCUUUUAUGAAAACUUUCUCAUCACGGAGCAAAAGCUCCGGGGUCAAACUGGUCGGCGAGGGCAGGAAGAGCUCGAGCAAAUCAUUUGGGUCCUCGAGGAGAUGAUCUUUUUAAUGCCAGACAAGAUCAACCAACGCUGGCAGUACAACUCAAUCCUGGACGUUGUCAAGCGUUUGAUCCACCCUGAGAAUUGUCUUCACACGCGAAUUCGAGGGACGGAGAUCUUUCUCCAGUGGUUUCAAGCGUUGCAGGACAACGCUGGCGAGCAUGCGAGAAUGAUCUAUGCUAGCCUUAUCCCCGGAAUGCCUAGUCCAAAGGGCUCCGAUGGCCGAAGCCAUACACUAUCUUCGUUGAUCAACGAAAACGUAGGAGGCAUCAUCACUCCUGUUCCGAUACAGCCGAUCGUCCCACCCGAAGUAAAAGAAAGUCAGGAUCAAAACUGGUACCUGAUAAAGAUCUUCACACAGACAGUGAUCGGUACGAUGGCCACUUACUCCGCUGCUUUCAAGUGGAAGGACAAGAAGCUGGAGAAACGAGGCUUUGAAUUCAUGUGGGACAUGUUCAAGGAAUACUAUCUCCAGAAUAUCUUUACCGAUUUGGACCUAUCCACGGAUAUUUAUAAUACAUCCUUGCAGCUUCAUCUAACAAUUCCACAGCAGCACGACUACGUGAAAUAUAUCGACGACACGGGCUCUGUGGAUUCGGCUAUUUCGGCAAAAGACGAUCUUCUCCCAGCUCGUGUCGCUUUUAUCCAGUGGCUCGUUCAGUACUGCAUCGAUGUUCCGGAGAGCGAAAACACGCCGAAAAAGACCCGACAGAGCAAGGGGCAAAUGGAAACGCUUGACGAAACCGACGAGCUCAGCAGUCAUGAAAACAACUCGUCUACAACUGAAAACGACAAGGAAAGCGUUUCAUCUUCGUUCGAGUCCGAAGAAGAGCACAGAAGACACGGCAAGAUUAUCCGCGCUACGGUGUUUUCGAACCGCGAAAACGUAAAUUUAGUGCAUGAAAUCUUCCGCCAGGCGUUUCUUCUACCCUUUGUCAAGGUGGACGAUUGUAUUUAUGACAAAGAAAAGGCGAUUAGCCCGGCGGGAGUGGUGAUCAAAGCCUUCAGCAUGUGGCUGAACGCGAACGAAGGACGGCAGCCUCCUUGUGUCAAACCGGUUUGGUGCGAGGAGCCAAAGUACGAUGGCUCGCCAGAAGACAUCGUUCGUGCUGGCGACCAGGCGGCGUUACAAUCCUUCAUCGUCAACUCGUCGUAUGUCUUCCUUCUGAACCCAAAACCUGACAUGAUCGAAAUGCACUCGUGCACUUGCAAAGACGUCAUCAAUCAGUACCGCUCGAUAAUUAUGCACUUGGAGAUGAAUGACGACACGUGGAAUCAACUGCUUAUUAUUCUCGUGCACAUCACUCGUGCCCAUUUGAACAACGCAGAUUCGCCAAAUGGUGCAUUAUCCAGCAGUGUAACGCAGCCGUUGAUUCAGACACUAAUCGUCGCGUGGAUCAAGGCGUCUUUGUACGCUGCUGUUUCUUCAGAACUAUGGAACGACAUGCUGAUGCUGAGCAAGGAAAUGACGCAUUUGUCAGUGCUCAUCACGGAAUGGGCCAAAACGAUGGAGGUCGUGUCCAACAUGCUCAUUCAACAUGUUUACAACCUCGACAUCGACGCACUUCCCCUCGACCGCUCUGGUGCUAGAAGACGAGGUAAGCGAAGGCCAGCAGAAGCUCCAAAAGAAACGCAACAAAACACGGCUCAGCAAGGAGCGGCAGGGCAUCAGCUAGCAUCGCCAAUUUCCGCGCCAGAUGGGGCGUCAAUCCGCGACCCGAAGUUUUUCUCGAAAUCGCAACUUGAUGGACAAAAUGCUGGACAGGAAGCUGACUCGAGGAUAAAACGAGCUCACUCGGAUGCCGAGCUUUUCAAAACUGGCGAAAACGGUAGCCUGCGGUACCGAACCCGCUCAGGUGGUUCUUUCAAAGGGCCAAAGACUGGUGACAGCGAGUCGUUUUCUGCCAGAUUCAACAACACUGAUGGUGGUGAGUCGGAGACUGCUUCGCUCACCCAAGAUUGGAAUCCUGCGAUUAAUCACCAGGAUCAUGUGUCUGAAAGUUUUGAUGAAACACCGCCGAUGGUUUUUGGAAAUAAAACGGGUAACUCAACAUUCGCGCGCUCGGAAUCCGACAUGGGAUUUGGCCCUUACGACACGAACUCGAUCAUCAUCCGCAACGAUGUUAAUCCAGAACUGCCAGAUGAGUUUACGGACAUCGAUGAGGACACAACUGUCAUGGCUGGUGGUCGAAAGACUGGCUGGUCAGCGGAUGUCGCCUAUGUUUUGUGGAAGCGGAUUCUCGGUGUACUUGGGGAUGUGAAUAAAAUCGAAAAUCCAGAGAUUCACGCACGCGUCUUUGGCUACCUGCACAAGCAAUGGGAGAUUUUGUAUAAGGUGCGCAAUAACCUUGCAGUUUCAGUGACGAACACUGAGACGCCAGAGCCACCCGAGCUAGUUCCUCCGCUUUACUUAUUCGUUCCCUGGUGUCUUGGUGCAUUUCAACUCGACUCUCGUUUCCAAGAUGGUCAGUCACUCGCUCUGGAGCUCAUUUGCCGCCAGUUCAUCGUCAAUAUCUACAACGACUAUGAGCUGGAUACGCACAUGGUUUGCCAGUUCUAUCGCUUGCUACGCUGGUCUCUAGUCCAAACUGACAAUCUCGAGUUCACCUACAAAGCUGUCAAAAGCUGCGGCGGUGGAUUCUUUUCCCGAAAUCUUCCUGGCUCUCAAGUGCUCAUUCCGCACUUUCUCGACGCUUGUGAAAAAAUUGCCAAAUCCUCCGAUCUUGACGAUGGUUGCCCACGCGUGGAAGCACAGCAACUGGUUCAAUCCCUCAUCUUUGUAACUAGAGACGAUGAAGAGUACCAGCGACGAAUUGGCGAGUUUAUCAUUUCUUCUUGCCAAUUUGAUCCGUCGGGCCACUCUCGAUGCGUUGCUUUUCAAUCCCUUUCUCUUUGGCUCGUCAGUCGACUGACUAUGCCAGACCCUUCUCUGCCUGAUAUUGCCAAAGCCUUGUCAAUCUGCCUGAUGUCGAUCAAAAGAUCUGAUGACAUAAAUGUCGCUGUCGCCGCUGUAAGCUGCCUCAGAACUCUUGUCAAAUACAACAAAGAACUUCUCUCGCUAUGUCGCAGUUUGUACUGCACGAUUCUCACCGUCCUGCCCUUGAUUACAUCCGAUCUAAUGUUGAAGUAUUCGACGAGAUUACGGGAAAACAGGCUUUUUACAGUUCUGCUUUUCUUGAUUGCAGAAUGGACAUUGUCUAUCGAGCCAGCCGCACUUCUGGAGCCGCUCAAUAUGGAAUUAACCGAGGAAACCUGUAUAUUCGAAGUGAUUGUAAAAACGUUCAAGAUCGCAACGGGCGAUCGCUCCACUUCCUUUGAAUUCGACCUGUCCGCACUCCAAACCGACCUCUUCGAUCCAAACACCAUCAUCGCGCCCAUCAACGAGUGGACUGCCGAGAACUCUACUGAUGAGCCACGGGGCAAUCAAAAAUUCAAGCAAGCUGCUCAAUGCUGCUUGGACAGAAUAACCAUUCAUUUGAAUCAUUUUCCCCUUAAAUUUGGCCCAACUCUGAUGUCCUCCACCAUUCUAGAUAGCGACGGAACUGACCUUGACGAUACCCAAUUGCUAGAAAGUAAAAACUGUCAAUUUAUUUCAAUCGACGAGCGGUGUAUUGUGACUUUGAUUGAAUUCGAAGACAAAGUUCGAGUAAUAACAAGAACACACGCAGGAAAACACUCCUGGAGUUGCCAGAUUCUGGACUCGCUAGAAAACGAGAUAGAUGUCAAAGAAGAAAUAAACAAAGAAGAAGGGACCGCUUCAGAAAAAGGGACGGAAAGCUUGGCUAGCGAUUCAGACUACAUUGGAUCGGAUUCGCUAGAAAAGACACAUAGUACUAGCGACUUUCUGGACAAUCGAGAGGAGAAUCAGUCGUAUUCACUGGCCGAUUACUGGCAAUAUGGGGAUCAUGAGCAGCUUGAGGACGAAAGUGUUCUGAAUAUUGAGACUUCUUUGCCGACUAGUGAAUCGCCCCUUCAGAUUGGAUGCAAAGAUCGUCUAGAACAAAUGCUUCGUUAUAUCAACUCGAAGUCUCAAGAAUGUCUAAUCGACGUGCCUCUGACUGUGCCUUCGAAAGCUCCUUUUAGUGAGGAAUUCGAGCACCGAAUCAUCGACACCAUCAAAGAACAAUUCAUCGUCGAGCUUCAGUCGCGCCCGCGUCUUCGCCUCACAGACUCGCAUUUUUUCAACGCCAAGCCAAAACCGUCGACUGCUUCUAUUAUCGACAAUACGUUCUGGCGCUCUAGAUUUCUGCUUUCGCAGCUGGGCUUUCUCACGUGGGAGAAGAGGCAAAAAGUCGACUUGCUCCAUAAAGUGGAGCGUCUCAAGCGCGAGUUAAAAAAUCUCGACAAUCGAGGGCCAAUCCGCGAGAAUCACAAGUUCGCUUGCAUUUAUGUCGGCAAUGGCCAAGAGGACAAACAGUCGAUUCUUUCGAACAAAGCUGGAUCUCGGGCAUUUGAGAACUUUGUUCGCUCUUUGGGCUGGGAAAUCGAGCUGUCUAACCAUCGAGGGUACAUGGGAGGCCUCCAAGACAACGGGAGCACGGGCUUCUCUUCGAUUUAUUACGCCGACUCGUCUUUAGAAUUAAUGUAUCAUGUUUCGACCAUGUUCAACCACGAAGAGCCUGCCCAUAUAAAAGUGCGUCAUAUUGGCAACGACAACGUGCAAAUAAUCUGGUCUGAGCACUGGCGCGAGUACCGUACAUCAAUAAUUUCGUCUGAAUUCGCUGACGUUGUCAUUUGCAUCUACCCACUUUCCAAGGACAACUUCUUCCGCAUUAGAAUCAUUCAAAAGGAGAACUUGCCCUUCUUUGGUCCGCUGACAGACAACAUGAUUGUUUCUGGCGAUGUUCUUGGAGUUCUAGUGCGUGAAACGGCGGUGAACGCAGCCAGAGCUCUUAGGAGCAAAAUUGAUGGAUAUCGACAUUUCUUCGAAGAUCGCAAUUCCUACUUGGUGGAGACGAUCAGAAAGCUACGGCUGCCGACGAACAACAGUUUCGAAAAGUACUGCACUGAGCUUCUCCACCCCUCAUGCGGAGCCGAACCCUCGGAGUCCUCCGAGUCCGGCUCCGUUGCCAACUCUCUUCAAUCGAGCUCAAUCUUCUCCGUGAGCUACAAGAAGACCUCGGAGCCACGCGCGCGCACUGAAUCUGUCAUCUCUGACGGCGACCUGACACCCAAGAUCGGCGCGCACUCGCGUUUCUCCGCAGCCCCCAACGCAGGCACCAGUGGUGGGGGACUGCUCCCCUCCACGCCAAGCCACGAGCUUGGAUGA